UCCGCCAUUCCAGCUUUUGUGUUGGUUGGAUGGAAAGGACUUCUACUCGAUCUAGAUUGAACAUUCAUGGAUUUGUGUCCGUACAGUAUACACAAGCAUUUUCACAUGCGCACGGCCAUGUAUAUAUUACCUUUGCCAAAUCUUCAUCUACGCUCUCCUAUUGGCUAUUGUUGACAAGCGGGGUAGAAACUAAGGGCGGCAAGAAGCCAACCGUCUCCCAAUCAAUUGCUAGCUACUCUGACUAGUACACACGUCCUCUUUUUGAUGUCCUCCCUAGACUUUUGAAGAUCAAGUGUUUCUUUUUGAUAUUGCCAUUGUCGAACACAGUCUGUGUCUUACUUUACAAUGGGUGAACUGGAUGAAUUAGUAUCUACCUUACUCGGUACUUUUACAACCGGCAUAAGACUGCUUAAAGCUAGUCGCAAAAGACAUAGAAGUGGCAAUGAAGCAAUUGAUACCUAUAAGGACGAGGAAACUCCUCUCAUCAAGUCAUUCAAAAGAUCUAGAUCAGACAUUCGAGAAGCAUGGAAAAAAGAUUCUAUAAUGGCUGGUCCUAAGUUCUCGGAAGGCGAUGGUAUGAACCAUAAUCCUAAAGUUAUAAUGCACAAAUUCUCAUACUAUGGCAGCGAGAGCGUGCUCAUCACUCUCGACGAUAUUAUCACGAUUGAACACUGCUUUCACAUCCGCAAUUGUAUCAUUUUCUCGAGGCAAAGUCAAGUCUUCAGAUCGGGAGGCUCUUAUAAAGCUAUCCAACGAAUCACGUGUAGAAGCGAUCAAUACACUUAAUGAACUUUCUAAGCGACUAUCAGUAUCUGCUUCAUCUCUGACAUCUCGAGAUGCUCUAACUCAGACCAAAAAUGGUCGUCGAAAACGAGAACAGAACCUAGCUCCAACCGUUCCGACCAAGCCUACUGCUCUUGGACCAGCUACGAAGGACGGUUGGAUACGGCCAAAAUCGAGUAAGAAAGGUGCCGCGAAGUCUAAAACUCAUGCUGGAAAAGCUAGUGUUACGGAAUCAAAAGGCGAACAGAAGCCGGUGCCCUCACAAUCCGUCGAUGUAGUGAGGAAGCGAGAGCCAGUAUCCAUGCGCAGAACAGCAACAGAGAAUAGAAAGUCAGGCUUCUCAUUUGCAUCUGAUAGCACAAAACUGUAAGUACAUACAUCUUAUUUGCUACUCCUUACAAUAUGCAACCCUUCCUUCCAUUUAAAUGUCGUCUGAUUACUAACUUUUCCUUUUCUAGUGGUGAGAUUCCAGAACACAGAUUGGCUAGAUUGCUUGCGACAUCGGAGCAUAAUAAUACUGGAUAUUAUAUGCAUACAGUAGCUUACCCUUUGGCUCCGUAUCAACCAGAGCCUCACAAACGUCGUUUUGGCAUUGGUAAGCUUUUUAAAAGUCGACCGGCGCAAAAGGAUACUUAUAGUAAUUGAAAUUUAAUGAUACACUCAGGAUUCAUAUCAACUUCUGUGAGUAUGUAUGUGAUUUUCAAUAUUAUUUUGUUCUGUUGCCGUUAUCUUACAUCAGUGAUGUUAAUUAUCAUACUAAGAUUCCCAUUGGUGAUAGUCCAGGUCGAAAUUCGACUGUCUGUUUUUAAUUGUAUUCUGAAAUGCUAUACAUACGUUCUAGUAAUCUUAGAAGAACUACUAUUUUAA